AUGGAUUUGAAGAUAGAAGACAUCGAGAGACUGAUCCACGAGUUCUACCACAACAGCAGCCAAUCGUCGCACUCGGAGGCCAAUCAGUACCUGACAUGUGUUCAGGUGUCGGCCCAGGCGUGGGAUGUGGUGUCAGUGCUGUUGAAUCCAAGCAAACCUCUUGAGGUGCAGUACUUCGGCGCCUCCACUCUCUACACCAAAGUGACCAAAUUCUACCACGAAUUGGAUCCACACAAACAAUCGGAUCUCAAGAACCAAUUGCUGCAACUCUUGAUCUCCUAUCUGUCACUCGAGGGCACGAAGAUUGUGGUGACACGGAUUGUGGUCUCAUUAGCCGCUUAUGUGAUCCACUCUGUGGCCAACAAUUGGGAGAAUGCGGUCACAGAUCUGGUCAAUACUCUUCAGCCAAACAAAUUGCCUCACAUUCCGGUCAAUAGAGUUUUGCAAACUCUUAUGGAUCUGUUGUCUGCGAUUCCCGAAGAGUUUCAGACCAUUUAUAUGACACAACAUCAGAAAAUAGUGAUCAGAAGUGCUUUAUUGAAGUUUAACGAACAGAUAUUCGCCAUUGUUUUGUCGCUUAUGUCUGAACCACAACUUCCCGAUGAGAUCAGACUCUCAACCAUCAAAUGUUUCUCCAAUUGGUCUCAAAAUAUGGGUCCUUUGCUUAUCGCUGACAAUCACGAAGAGAUUGUUUUGUUAGUUCUUCAGUCGGUUUGUAAUGAAAAUGUGAGCCAAACGGCGGUUGAGGCCAUCACUACCAUCUAUUCUCAUCCAGAAAUGCAAAAACAACCAAAUCUUGUCUUAAAACUGAUGGACCAUAUGAUGGGAUUAGAGCCCACUCUCAAUAAAGCCAUCCAAGAGUCUAAUCCGGAGAUGUCUAACAAUAUAUACACACUUUUCAUUCAAAUCACUGAAACUCAUUCGCGACUUCUUUUGGACACUUUGAUCGAUAAGCCCGAGAAUCGACACAAUAUUCUUAAGGCCAUUGCAGUAGUACUUCAGUGCAGUUCAACACCCGGUUAUCACUCCAUCGACGAGACCUGUAGUGAACAGACAUUCAAUUUUUGGUACACUCUUCAGGACGACAUCAUCGCUUCGGAUGAAUCGCGAAUUGAGACUUAUUUAACACUAUUUAAUCCGAUAUUUCAUUCACUAAUUGACGCGUUUUUGGUGAAAGUGCGAUACCCUAUGGACAGUGUCUACGAGAAUGAGUGGAACAGCUAUGACAGGGAAAGUUUCCGGUGUUAUCGUCAGGACAUCGGCGACUCAUUCAUGUAUUGUUACAAUAUAUUGAGAGUUUCGAUGCUUUCGAGUUUGUUAUCGCACUUUGAAGUGGCGGCCAAUCAGUUGGCGUCCUCUAUGGCUGCGGAUCAGCACAAGUCGUGGCAGUAUUUCGAAGCGGUUUUGUUUGCGUUCAGUUCAGUGGCGGAAAACAUAGGUCCGUCUGAAUCCGUGUAUUUGCAACAACUGUUUAACGCAUUGCCGAACAUUCCGUUCGCUUACGUGACGUCCGCACGACUGUUGGCCACAGCGAUGGACACUCUCACCGCUUAUGCCGAAUGGAUUUCUAACAACUCUUCAUAUUUACCAAAUGUCUUAACACUGCUUAUGAUUGGUCUCAAGUCUACCGAAUACGUGACCAUUUCGGCGACGAUGGCCCUGAAGGACAUCACUCGUGAAUGUCAACACAUUUUACGACCAUUUGCUCAACAAAUACUUUCCGUUUGCGAUCAGUCGUUAAGCCCUGAAUCGCAUCUCAAGCCUAAAGAGAAAUCAAGAAUAAUGUGUUCAAUUGGUCUGACAUUGUCUGUCCUUCCGCUCGAAGACAUAAUGAUUGCAAUAAACAAACUCUUGACUCCCAUUAUCACUGAUAUUCACAACGUAUUGAAUCAAUGCGACCGCGAAUCCAGUAAUAUAGACAACGAGACGGUGCGGACACACGUGUCGGCACAGCUCUCAAUGUUAGCGAUGCUCUUCUCGACACUUGAUGUGAACGUCAAGAGAAACGAUUCCGGAGACGAACAACAAAUUGUGACCACUUUUAAAGAUCAUAACUCCAGUCCUCAACCUAUUUAUAUAAUUCUAGAACAGGUUUUGCCAAUUUUCAACAGUAUUGGUACCAAAUGGCCAACAGAUGAGGCGAUCACCGAAUCUCUCUGUGAAUGUAUUAAGAAGUCAGUGAUAACACUAUUGGACGAAAUUAAACCACUCGUCCCAAAGAUAUUGGAAUUAUUGUUAUUUGUGUUCAAAAUCUCUGAUAUUAGACAACAGACAGCACUUCUGGAAGUGUUUUACUCUGUUUUGGCAAAUAUAGUGAAAAGAGUUCCCGCGUUAUUCAGCAGUACAUCGUUGGACGUGUCGACACUAUUCCGGUGCGCGAUGUCUGCCCUCAUAUUGCCUGAGAAGCCGACCGUACGCUACAGUUCGGCAUUCAUUAGCGAAUUCGUGAUACUUAGCCGCGAAGUGGAGCCCAUGUGUAAAGUGGUGAACGACGAGAUCGAGAAUCUGGUCGGACAGGUGUUUGUGGUGAUCGGCGGGACGUAUGACUCGCCCCGAUGUGUGGUCGAACACAUGGCCGACAUCGUGAUGGCUCUCAACUGGAAAUACUUCGAUAACCUGACGCGUUGUGUCAAUGCACUCAUACUGAAGGACGGUUUUCCCACCGCUCACGUCAACCACGAGAAGAAAACACAUUUCGUUAGACUUAUUCUCUCUCAACGGAAGAACAAACGAAAGCUUAAGGAAGUGAUCAACGAAUUCAGUCUCACGUGUCGGGGACUCAUUGGCAAUGAAUACAGCAAUCAAAUGAUUAAACUUCCCUUUUAA